AUGGAUCCCCUCAGCGUCUCAGCCAGCGUCGCGGCAGUUGCUACGGCGGCCUUUCAAAUUAUAGGCUAUUUGAGCUCGGUUGCAUCGGGAGGGAAAGAUCGCCUGUCACUGUUGAACGAGAUCACACAUUUAUGGCUGACAAUCACGGCUCUCCAGGCCCAGAUUGCCAACACCCAGGCACAGGAUGUGAUUCCCGGAGAGAUGCAAUCUUUAUUCGCAGCCGAUACUGGAAUUAUCAACGAAAUUGAAAAUCUCGUGAACGACCUCAACGGCAAACUCAAAUCGAGGUCUGGCUAUGGAAAAAUCAAACAGACGCUUACAUGGCCACUGACCGAGACUGAUGUAUUGAAAGUGGUUGAAAAAAUCCACCGAAUGCAGCAGACGAUACAGUUUGCGUUAUCGCAGAUCAAUCACUCCAUGACACAGGAGAUUUAUCAAACCACUCAAGCAGUGAAGGAUGUGAUAGAUGAAGCUCAGGUGAAAGAGAUGAUUGAUUGGUUAUCCCCACUAAAUUUUAUUGCGAAGCAACAACUACUUUUCCGGGAACACCAUGAGGGAACCUGUAAAUGGUUUCUUGAGGACGAUGACUUUAGAGAAUGGAUCGAACACGAAAAUGGCAUCAUGAUCUGUCCAGGGAUUCCGGGUGCUGGGAAGACCUACCUGUCAGCAAUUGUGAUAGACGAAUUGGACAAUCUCCGCAGACUGAACAAAGAACCACUAAAAGGCGCUGCAAUUCUAAUGUUGUACUGCAAAUGGGACGACGUCCACUCCCAGGAUAUACAUUCAUUGCUUGGUAGUCUUCUCAAGCAAAUCGCUCAACGAUAUGGUAUCAAAUCAAAGGAUACGCUGGAAAUGUUCACCAAGCACAACGGCGUACGAACUAAGCCGAGCCGCGAAGAACUGCUAUCGGCCCUGGACAAGGAGUUACAAAACUUCCCCCGGUCGUUCGUUGUUAUUGAUGGGCUUGAUGAGUUGCGAGAAGAAGAUCAUCGUUUAACCUUGCUUGAAAUCUUGAACUCACUAAAAGCUAAAGUGAACUUUAUGGUGACAUCGCGGCCCUUGGAAAACAUUGUGAGACACUUUAAUGAUUCGAAUUAUGUUUCUUGCGACCUAUGCGGCGCGGGAGACCUUCCAUAUCAAUAUCACUGUUACGAAUGCAACAACUCCGAUUAUGAUCUCUGUCAGUCAUGUAUCGAUGAUGUCAAGCAAUGCAAAGGCCAAGGACAUUCCCUCGUAAAGCAAUUCAAUAGCUUCCGAAUCGAGGUCGCUGCCGUCGAGGAAGAUUUGCUUACCUAUGUGGAAUGGCGUAUCACAACUUCUGCAUUUCUGCAGAAAUGUGUAGCCCUGAAAGAAGGACUAAGAGAAAAGAUUAUUCGUACUGUCGUGAAUGAAAAUGGUGGGAUGUUUCUUCUGGCAAAAUUCAACAUGGAUACACUAACGUCGAAACUGAGAGCUGGAGACGUCAUGGCGGCACUCGAGGUACUUCCAAAUGAGCUUGAUGGGACAUUCAAAGAUGCGAUGAGCCGCAUCGCUGAUUUAUCAUUGAAUCAUCGAGAAAUAACAAUGGACUUUUUGAGAUGGGUAGUCUUUGCUGAGGAGCCAUUGCAUGUUGUGGCUAUCGAGCAUGCAAUUGCUGUAACGGAAUCGGACGAUGAUAUUAAUCAAGAUUAUAUAAUACAGGCAUCUGUUCUCGCCUCAAUGUGUGCAGGAUUGGUUCAAUUCGACGAAUCAGACUGUGUUCGACUCGUCCAUUAUUCAGCGCAGGACUUUUUCCGCCGUAAUUGGGAGCAAUAUUUCCCGCAAGGACGGGAUAAAUUGGCGUCUGUUUGCUUGACUUAUCUUUUAUUUGAACCUUUUAGGAUGGGCGCCUGCUCGGGAUCCAGCGAGUUGACUGAAUUUGAGAACCGUGUUGAAAAGUAUCCGUUACUGGGCUAUGCCGCUAAGAAUUGGGGCAAGCAUCUUGUCCAAACUUCUCGGGAUGACCUUUGGGAGCGCGCCCGAAGAUUGCUUCAUGAUCAAGGUUGCUUUGCAACUUUGACACAAGCCCUGUGGUACCUGGACAAUGACGGCCAAUCAAGUUGGACCGGCAAGGAUGGUAGCUCUGAAUUGCAUUUGGCUUCUCAUUUGGGGUUGACCAAACUUGUGGCCGAACUAGUUGAAGAGGGCGUGAACCCAGAUAUUAAAGAUGCAAAUGGUGUGACGCCCCUUGUGCUCGCGGCAGUGCAAGGCAAUGUAAAUGUCGCAAAGAUCCUUAUUGAAGCCGGUGCCUCUGUCAACAGCGUUGACAACACGGGCUGCUCUGUGCUUUACAAGGCAACGGACCUAUAUCAAGUAGCCUUUGUUCAAUUACUUGUUGAACAGGAAGAUAUAGAUGUGAAUAUCGCACAUCCAAGACAGAGUGACUUUACCCCAUUGAUACGUGCGGCCUUCGAUGGGUUUGCAGAGAUUGUCAAAUUGCUCGUAUCUGUGCCGCAAUUGGAAAUCAACAAAAGCGGUUCCGAGCCUGCGGGUGCAACUGCUUUAAUCUAUGCAGCUACUGCAGGCACUCUUGAUUGUGUCAAGAUUCUUUUAUCUCAACCAAAUAGAAUGGCUACACGGAGAUUGUCGAAGCAUUGCUAG